AUGAGGAACCAGAUGCGAUCAGCUUCAGUUAACUCUAUAGUUGCAAAGUUCUUUGACACUGUACCAACUGGUAGCAGUGCAGCAACAACACAGAUGAAAGAUGCAAUGGCUUUUGUUACUCUAGGUCUUGUCUCUAAUUUGUGUUAUUAUUUUUCUUUUUUGAGAUUAGAAGUGAAGGUAAAUGGCCUUAGUUAUGAUAUAACCAUAGUCAAUUCUAUGAAGAAAAUACUGAGUUCAGUGAAAACAGUUGUUUUUUAUGAAACCAUUUUGGCUAAUGAUACAGACGUGGACAGCGAUAAGUACCUUGAUUAUUUGUACGAGGAACAAGAUGAUUCUAGCGAUGAUGUAGACUUUUCUGAUGAAGCAUGGUUAAUGGGUGAUGAUGAUGGAGGUUCUGAGGAUGAUUUUGUGCCUCCUAGCGAAAGGAAUGAUGGAAAUGAUGAGGAAGACAAUUCUGGUGAUGGUUUUGUGCCUCCUGACGGAGGAAAUGAUGGAAACGAUGAAGAUGGAGAUUCUGGGGAUGAUAAUGUGCCUUCUACCGAAGGGAGUGAUGAAGACGAUGAGAAGGAGGAUGGAGAUUCUGAGAAUGAUUUUGUGCCGCCUAACAAAGGGAAUGAUGGAGAAGACGAGGAGGAGGAUGGAGAUUCUGGGGAUGAUUUUGUGCCACCUAAGAAAGGGAAUGAUGGAAACAAUGAGGAGGAUGAUGGUGAUGAUGGACACUCUGGGGAUGAAUACGUAGCUAACCAAGGGAAUGGACACGAUAAGAGGGAUGAUUUUGUGCCUCCUAAUGAAGGGAAUGAUGGAGACAAUGAGGUGGACGAUGGAGAUUCUCGGGAUGAUUUUAUGCCUCCUAACAAAGGGAAUGAUGUCGAUGACGAUGGAGACUCUGGGAAUGAUUACGUGCCUUCUAACGGAGGGAAUGGAGAUGAUGAGGUGGAUCUUCAAGAUUCUCACUACUAA